UUCCGCGGACGGGGUUGGAGUUGGGGCGGACCGGCGCCAUGUUGCGCUCCCCGGGUGACCCGGGCGACGACGAGCGCUUUGUUUUAGUCGCCAGUCUGGACAACGCGCGGAAUCUCUCCAACCUGCUCAAGGCCAUUCACUUCCGAGACCAGGUCACCUUCUUCGCCUCGGCCAAUGGCAUUCGGAUGACGGUCGAGGCGGCAAAGAGUGUCCAGGGCAACGCGUUCAUCCAGGCCAGUAUCUUUCAGGAGUUUCGAAUUGAAGAGGAUUCUGUAAUCUUUCUCAUAAACUUAACAGUUCUUUUAGAUUGUCUGACAAUAUUCAGUGCAAGUUCUUUGCCAGGAGUGACAACAGCCCUGAGAAUGUGCUACCGUGGGUAUGGCUUUCCCCUCACCCUGUUUCUGGAGGAGAGUGGGGUGGUAACUGUUUGCAAGAUUCAGACUCAAGAGCCAGAGGAAACUCUCGAUUUUGACUUUUGCAGCACAAAUGUUGUAAAUAAAAUUAUUUUACAAUCAGAGAGCCUGCGGGAGACAUUCGCAGAACUUGAUAUGAGCAGUGAUGUGCUGCAGAUCACGAUGUCUCCAGAGAAACCGUAUUUCAGAUUAUCUACUUUUGGUGAUGCUGGAAGCACGCACUGUGAUUAUCCAAAGGACUCUGACAUGAUUGAGGCAUUCCAUUGCAACCAGACCCAAUGCAAUAAGUACAAAAUCUCUUUACUGAAGCCAUCUACUAAAGCCUUGGCACUCUCCUCCAAAGUUUCGCUUCGCACAGACAAUCGGGGAUUUCUUUCCUUGCAAUACAUGAUCCGCAAUGAAGACGGACAGAUCUGCUUUGUUGAAUAUUAUUGUUGCCCUGAUGAAGAGAUGGAGGGGUUAGACUCAUAAUUACCUGUCACUCAUCAAAAAGUGGCUCAAAAAUUCCAUCAAAUCGUUUUGUAGAGACUGUUCUGUCAGACUUGAAGCUUUGUCUAGGUGAAUUUAAUCCUACAGUAUUUCCCGAUUUCACUCAGUAAUUUGUGAAAAACUGCCUCACCUUAUCCCUGGAGAUCCACUUUUUUUUGUUUGGUGAAUCUGUCCAACGCUGCUGAAAUAUGAAGACGUAGCUGUGGCUGCUUAAUAGCAGCAGUGGAAAAUGACAGGACCAAAAUCGGCUGUGAUGCGUGUUGGGCAGAUGGCAAGCCUGCGUAAUUUGGCAGAGGCAGUGAGGAGGGCAGAGCAGGAAGGCAGGCAGAACAGGUAGAGAUCGGCGGGUGAGGAGUGAAAGUCAGGCAUUGGGAUCUGCUGACGGAGCUUAUCUGGGGAGGAGACCACGGAGACAUGAACCCACCAACCAGGCAGCAGAAAAUGGAAAGACCUGCAUGUCUCCUGGCUUGCACCGUUUAUUUUAUGAUAACGAUUUGGAGUAAUUCAUUUCAGAUUAAUUGGGAAUAUGCCAUUAAUGAAAAUCUUAACUUUCCUGCUAACCUAACAAAUGCCAAGCUCUUAUAAAUAUCUUGAGAUAAUUUACAUAAGAUUGGGAGGAAUUUGAUUCUCAUAUUAGAUAGACCUGGUGGGCCGAAGGGCCUGUUUCCACAUUAUAUUUUUUAACUAAACUGUCAGGUGGUGCAGAUUUUGGGCACCAUUUUAUAAAUUAAUCUGACGAAGGUGGCGAAAGAAUCCCUUGGUGUUUGGGGAUUCCUGUGAGUACCAGGAUUUAAACUUCUGAAGAUAGACACAAAGUGCUGAAGUAACAUAGAAAAUAGGUGCAGGAGGAGGCCAUUCAGCCCUUCGAGCCAGCACCCCCAUUCAUUGUGAUCACGGCUGAUCGUCCUCUAUUAAUAAUCCGUGCCUGCCUUCUCCCCAUAUCCCUUGUUUCCACUAGCCCCUAGAGCUCUCUCUUAAAUCCAUCCAGUGAUUUGGCCUCCAUUGCCCUCUGUGGCAGGGAAUUCCAUAAAUUCACAACUCUCUGGGUGAAAACAGUUUUUCUCACCUCAGUCUUAAAUGACCUCCCCUUUAAUCUAAGACUGGCCCCUGGUUCUGGACUCGCCCAACAUUGGGAACAUUUUUCCUGCAUCUAGCUUGUCCAGUCAUUUCAUAAUUUUAUAUGUUUCUAUAAGAUUGCCCCUCAUCCUUCUAAACCCCAGUGAAUGCAAGCCUAGUGUAACUCAGUGGGUCAUGCAGCAAUUCUGGAGUGGGUGAUUAUUUUGGCUCGGGACCCUUCUUCAGACGCAUUAGGGUCUUCGGUCUAAACUCCUAAACAAGACAAUGGGCCACCUCUGCUCUGCCCCCUGUUACUCAUUAUCCUGGUGCAGGAAAUCAAAUAAAACACGAUUGCUGUGA